AUGCCGUUGCAAAUUCCUCAACCAUCUGUAACCAGUCCACAGCAACAAAAUCCUCUGGGUCUAAAGAAAAAGCCUUACGAACUUGUGCCAUUCCCAAACACUGCCGGUACACCCCCUACGGUUAUACCGAAAGUACCAAGCCCUAAAAUUUCACUGGGACCAUCAUCCUCCGGUUCGUCUACAUCCAGUUCAAAUGGACAAGGAUCGAAUGCGAACUCGCUGCUUGAAACCGGCCUUCUGUUGGCAAACUUGCAAAAGGCAAAUCCGUUACUAGUUGCCAGUAUUCUCUCCUCAUCAGGACUUUCAAAAACAUCGAUUCCUGGUUUGACUCAGUUGCUCGGUACUCUUACUGAGCAGCCGCCAGUUGCUCCGAAGAAAACGCCUCGUCGAAGAUCCAAUUCUCAAGCUCAGCAACAAUCUCAACAGCAGCCACCGUCCUUGCAGCAAAUGACUCCACCACAAAUUCCUCAGCAUCUUCAACCGACACAAAAAAUUACAUCAUCACCCCAACAUCCACCACCCGCUGAUUCUCCGUUGUCCCAUCCGCUUAGCCAACAGAUCAAACUUCUGCAGCAAGUUCAGAUGCAGCAGCAACAAAAGCAAUUUCUUGAGCAACAACAGAAAGCGGCCCUCGAGCAGCAGCAAAAGGCUGCCCUUGAGCAACAGCAAAAGGCCGCUCUCGAACAGCAGCAAAAGGCCGCCAUGGAGCAGAAACGCAUUCAGGAACAGAAGCAGAAACAACUACAAAUGCUUCAACAGCUUCAAGCACAGCAACAAGCGCAAGCGACAGCAGCAGCGCUAUCGUCAGCAGCAUCUUCAUCUUCUGCAACCAAACAGAACACCCGUGGGUCAUCGAAUCCCGCGGCGUCACCUGCACAAACAUCGGGACCAUUGGGCGGAGGCUUCCCAUUCGAUCCGCUUUAUCUUUCAGCCAUCUACUCGAAUCCAAGCCUCUACCUGCAGGCUUUGAACCCAGAGCAGUUGCUACAGUUCUACAAAAACCUUCCCAAUGUGUCGGGCAUUCCACCAAACAAUAAGAGCUAG